AUGCUCUCUGCCCAGCAGACUCAUGUGGUCACCACUAUUGAAACUAUCCCCAGCGACGCGGGCACGUCAUCGUCGACCCUCUACCAAAGGAUGAGAACGGUAUUUAACAGGGACCUGUUGGUGACCCUGGUGCUGGGUCAGGUCUUGUCGUUGCUGAUCUGUGGGAUUGGUCUCAUCAGUAAAUACCUGGCCGAUGACUUCCACGCCAACACACCUGUGUUUCAGAGCUUUCUCAACUACAUCUUGCUGUUCCUGGUCUACACCACCACACUGGCUGUCAGACAAGGUGAGGAAAACUUGUUGGCCAUCCUGAAAAGGCGGUGGUGGAAGUACAUGAUUCUGGGUUUGAUAGACAUCGAGGCCAACUACCUCGUCAUCAAAGCCUACCAGUACACCACACUCACUAGUGUGCAGUUGUUGGACUGUUUCGUCAUCCCCGUGGUUCUGCUUCUCUCCUGGUUCUUUCUUUCGGUGAGGUACAAGGCGGUCCACUUUGUCGGGGUGGGGGUUUGCCUGCUGGGCAUUGGCUGUAUGGUGGGUGCUGAUGUGCUAGUUGGCAGACAACAGGGCUUUGGAGACCAGAAGCUGCUGGGGGACCUGCUGGUGCUGGCGGGAGCCACACUGUAUGGGAUAUCCAACGUGUGCGAGGAGUUUAUUGUCAAGAACCUGAGCCGUGUCGAGUUCCUGGGCAUGAUGGGUCUCUUUGGGUCCUUCUUCAGUGGCAUUCAGUUGGCCAUCAUGGAACACAAGGAGCUACUGAAGUUACCCUGGGACUGGCAGAUAGGUCUCCUGUACAUCGGCUUCAGUGCGUGUAUGUUUGGCCUAUACAGCUUUAUGCCCGUGGUGAUCAAGAGAACCAGCGUCACCUCGGUCAACCUGUCCCUGCUCACAGCAGACCUGUACAGCCUCUUCUGUGGCCUCUUCCUCUUUAACUACAAGUUUUCUGGUCUCUACCUAUUGUCAUUCUUCAUCAUUGUGCUGGGCCUGGUGCUGUACUCCUCUUCCUCAACCUAUGUGGCCCAAGACCCGCGUGUCUACAAGCAGUUCAGGAAUGCGGGCAGCCACCCUGUCAGCGACACGCCGCACCUCGGCUCGCUGGAGCCCUCGGUGACCUACACCAGCCUGGGGCAGGAGAUAGAAGAAGAGCCACGCGUGCAAGUAGCCUGA